UGGGCAGGGCGCGGGGCCCCCCCACCCACCCUAGUCCUCCUCACCCCGACCGGGCUCCGCCGCUCGUCCCCGACCGGUGCUCUUCCCCUCCCCCGCCCGCCCUCCACUCCCUCCCGCCCUGUCGCUGGUGGCAGCGGCGGCGGCGGCGGGUCCCGGGCGCGGCCGGUUCCCCUCAGCGCCGCUCCCGCCGCCGCCGCGCGCCCGCACCGGCCCCACCACCACCAACCGCCCCCCGCCGGCUGAGCCCUGCCGAGCGGCGGCCCCUCCUGACCGCCAUUCCGCCCCAAAACUUUCCGUUUUCCCCUUCCCACUCUCCGGGACUUCCUUGUGCCGCCUGUGCGCGCGGAGGGGGAGGAGGAGGCGUGUGCGGCGGCGGCGGCGAGGGGGGAUUUACAGUCUCCUCGCAGGCUGGCCGGGACCCCGGGGGAAGAGGAGUUGCACCAUGCGCGGCAAGUGAGGGAAAGUCUCUGCCAGCGCCGCCCGCAGAAGUUGAGGCUUUCCCCCGCCGCCCGCGGGAGCGGGAGCUGUGCCUUUAACGCCCGCUGAGCGAGGUAUAAACUUGUCAAGCACAUGUUCCAAGGAUCCAGUCUACUUCCACCCUCAUGAUAUGAUGGGGUGUGGUGCUUCAAAACUUGGCUACGCUAUACCUGGGAAGAGUGAAUCAACUUUAAUUAGGUACCUAAGGAUAAAACUGGCCUGAAGGGAAAAUCUGGGGAAACUGGGGAGCUUGACUAUUCUUGCACCUGACCCUCUCAGCUGUCAGGUGCAGUGAUCUCCAUGGUAACUCAAACCCCCAGACUCUUGACAGCAGCCUGCGAGGAGCAGCAUUCAGCAGCUCAAGGGUCUCACGACCAGAGCGUGGAUCACACUUCUCGUAAACCUCAUCAUAUUGGGGUUGGGCUAAGAUGAGCAUAACCAGUGACGAAGUGAAUUUCUUGGUGUAUCGUUAUCUCCAGGAAUCAGGUUUCUCCCACUCGGCCUUCACCUUCGGUAUUGAGAGCCACAUCAGCCAGUCCAACAUCAACGGAACACUAGUGCCACCUGCCGCACUCAUCUCCAUCCUCCAGAAGGGGCUCCAGUAUGUGGAGGCUGAGAUCAGCAUCAACGAAGAUGGCACAGUGUUUGACGGCAGGCCAAUAGAAUCCCUGUCUCUGAUAGACGCGGUGAUGCCUGAUGUUGUUCAGACCCGGCAGCAAGCCUUCAGAGAGAAACUAGCCCAGCAACAAGCCAGUGCAGCAGCAGCAGCAGCAGCAACGGCAGCGACAGCGGGAGCAACGACGACUGCUGUUUCCCAGCAGAACACACCAAAGAACGGAGAAGCCACUGUGAAUGGAGAGGAGAAUGGGGCACAUGCAAUAAAUAAUCAUUCAAAGCCAAUGGAAAUUGAUGGGGAUGUUGAAAUUCCUCCUAACAAAGCAACAGUCCUUCGGGGCCAUGAAUCAGAGGUGUUCAUCUGUGCCUGGAACCCUGUCAGUGACCUGCUAGCAUCUGGAUCCGGAGACUCAACGGCCAGAAUAUGGAAUCUCAAUGAAAACAGCAACAGUGGUUCCACUCAACUAGUUUUGAGGCACUGCAUAAGAGAAGGAGGACAUGAUGUCCCCAGCAAUAAGGAUGUGACUUCAUUGGACUGGAAUAGUGAUGGAACACUAUUGGCUACAGGCUCUUAUGAUGGUUUUGCAAGAAUAUGGACAGAAGAUGGUAACCUUGCAAGCACCUUAGGUCAACAUAAAGGUCCAAUAUUUGCCCUGAAAUGGAACAAAAAGGGGAAUUAUAUUUUGAGUGCUGGUGUUGAUAAAACAACAAUAAUUUGGGAUGCUCACACAGGAGAAGCUAAACAGCAGUUUCCUUUUCAUUCAGCUCCUGCUCUGGAUGUAGACUGGCAGAACAACACUACUUUUGCCUCCUGCAGCACUGACAUGUGCAUUCAUGUAUGCAGACUUGGCUGUGAUCGUCCUGUUAAAACUUUCCAAGGACACACAAACGAGGUUAAUGCAAUCAAAUGGGACCCAUCUGGCAUGCUAUUAGCAUCCUGCUCCGAUGAUAUGACAUUAAAGAUUUGGAGUAUGAAGCAAGAUACCUGUGUACAUGAUCUUCAGGCUCACAGCAAAGAGAUUUAUACUAUCAAAUGGAGUCCUACAGGACCAGGCACCAGCAACCCAAACUCCAACAUCAUGUUAGCAAGUGCUUCGUUUGAUUCCACUGUUCGGCUGUGGGACGUUGACCGAGGAGUCUGCAUCCAUACGUUAACAAAACAUCAAGAGCCUGUCUAUAGUGUAGCUUUUAGUCCUGAUGGAAAAUAUCUAGCCAGUGGGUCCUUUGACAAAUGUGUCCAUAUAUGGAAUACUCAGAGUGGAACUCUAGUACAUAGCUACCGAGGCACUGGGGGUAUCUUUGAAGUCUGCUGGAAUGCUAGAGGAGACAAAGUGGGAGCAAGCGCAUCAGAUGGAUCGGUUUGUGUUCUAGAUCUGCGGAAGUAAAAGUGAAAUGUUUUAGAAGAAAUUUCAAAUGGACCAGCAGUGAAUGUGUGGGGAGAAGCACUCUUCAAAACUAUUCUUAACAGCUCCAGAACUGUACGAACUUGAACAAAGUUAGAGUGUACCGUGAAACCAACUCUCCCUGGCCACAGGUGUCUAGUAUUUUGUCUGUAACCUUCAUCGAGGAGUAAAAACACAGUCACUUCAGAGGGGGAGGGAAUGGUUUCCACCUGGAACAAUCAGCCUUGGAAGCGUGAAGCCACCAGCUAGGCAUUGCACUGUUUGGUUUGCAUCUGAGAACUUGCUCUGAUGGCUGGGAAAAAAAAAGCUGUGCCAAAAAAAUUAAUAAAAAAAAAAAAGAAAAAUGCUGUGAUAAACCAAAAGGGAAAAAAAAAAUCCUCCUCCAUGCGGUGUUGUAUUUUUUCCUUCCAAUUUGGACACUACAGUUGCUCUCCCAAAGGACGUUCAAAGACCAGUUUGUACUGAUGAAAUGCUCAACUUUGUAAUCACAACACUUUCUAUUUUCUAGACUACUUUUUUUUGUUCAGUGGUUUUUCUAUCAGCUGGAAUAUUACAGCCUGGAGGACCCCAGGCUUCGGAUGAAACUUGUUUUCCUUUUGUUUCUCCCUUCCACUCCCAACUUCUCCUUCCUUUUUUUUUUUCCUCCUUCUCUUUCUUCUUACCCGUCUUUUUUUUUUUCCUUUUUUUCCCUGUAUGCCCAUAGUAGAUGCAGCCAGGUGGACAUGACAAUGAAAAUUUUUGACAGACUGCUUCUCCUCUCUUCUUUCUUUUCCUUUUCCUUUCUUUCUCUCCGUUUAAAAGAAAAAAAAAUCCUCCAUGCUUCAGAUCUUAGCGUCUCAAGGGCACUUUCAGCAAAUUGUGUAAUAAGUGCUUUAUAUAAGAAUGCAGUGCUGGGGAAGAUUUUUACAGGAGAAAGAUGACUUUUAACAGAAAGAACCCAGUGUAUUUUUGGAAAAAAAAUAUUUUUUAUGUUGAACAGUUUUAAAAGCCAAAAGUGGCCACCAAAUGUAGAUCAGUUGUGUAAUUCAAGCAAAAGGAAUCACACAGAGUCCAAGGAACAUAAAGGUGCAGUAUCCUUUUUCUUUUUUCUCUCAAAGUGCUGUAAGAAAAAAUGCCAUUUGAUAAUAAUAAAUGUCAGUCAUUUACUAAGAGUCCUUUUCCAGCAGCCAAGCAUUUCUAUAGUCUCAUUUCAUUUGGGGGGCUGUUUGAUGAUGUACACUUAUUAAAAGGGAUUCACAAGUUUGAGAGUAUAAUUACAGCAUUCAUUUUCUUGAGUCCAUAUUUUUGUUUAUCCUUGGUAGACAGGGGAAAACUCUUGUGUAUGUUCUUUCCUCUAGUGAUAGUCCACAUGUCCUACAGAACAUGCGUUCAGCUGCCUGUGGCCUUGCUGAGCAGUGUUGUCCUCUGCCAUUCAUCCCACUCAGCUCUUUCUAUUCCAGUAAGUCAGUGGGAUUUUACCACUUGGAGGAAAAUCUAUUGACUGCAUCUGUCAUUGUUGAAGAGUGGACUCUUGCCAAGCUCCUGUCCAUCCAUGCUCAGCACACACCUAGAAGCAGGCUCUUCCAUUGCAUCUGGCAGUAUGUGCUGCUGCUGUCACCCUCAACAAUACAUGUGUGCUACACGGCAAACUCUGGGUCUGCAUUUGGUCUGACUGUCUGCCCACACAGGUUUAACCUUAGAGGGUGUCCUCAGUGCAGUGCUCAGAAGACAGCGCAGAAGUCUCCAUUAGGUGAGAACGUAAGGGAUCUAUAAAUUGUAUCUCGACACACAUACCACUACAAAGUUUCAGUUGGUGAAAUGAUUGGAAUGACAAAAAAGACUUGCAAAGCACCACUUCGGACAAGAUUUCCUUACUGCAAGCUAGACAUCUGCAGGGAUGCCUGCUGAAGACUACAUAACUCAAAGAGCAAAUGAUGGAUGCAAAGAAGGAUGCAUAGGCCAAGUUUACUGAAAGUGCCAUAAACUAUAAGGCAAUCUUGGGGUGGUGGCAGCCAUUAUUUAGAUAAAUCCUCCAAACUGGCUGGCUGAGUCAAACAAGUAUCUUCUCUGGCCCGCAGGCUAGGCUAGGAUUUGUAGGAGAGAGAGUGAAAGACUUGUCAAGCAUCAUGGCAUCUUGAUGGCAUUGUGGAAUCCAUACCUCAUUUUUUCUCCUGUGUUUUACUUUCUUUGCACUUGCAUCUGCACAGUAUCUUAGUCCUUCCAAUGGAACUAACGAUUUCUCCUUUGGAAAGGAGAAAAGAAUAAAAAGAAAUAACUGCUAAAAGUUUUACUCGGUCCUGAGAUGAAAACAGUUAUGUGGAUUUUGGUUAUUAAUGACAGUUAGGUUUGUUUAUAGUUUAUAUGUAUCAAGGAUUAUUUUCAGUUUUAAAUGCAUUUAUUUGUUAGUUUUAGUUUUCUGCUCCAAGAGCAUGGGCUGUGGAUGCUCACAUGACAGUUUUGCACUGUUUUAGAAUAACCACAUGUACCUACUAAUUUGAAGUCACUAAAAAAAAUAAAAAUAGUACCAGUUGGAAGAGAGACUUGAAUGUGAAUACAAAGGUUGAAUGUGGUUUUCUAAAUCACAGUUGAGUCAGUGGUUUUAUUACAAGUCAUUGCAUGUACACGGUUAACUUCCUAAGCUGCUUUUGGGUGGCGUUUCUGAGAAUAACAGGCAGAAGCUCCCAGGCUGCAGACAGGGCCCCAGCCUUGCCUUUUUCCCUGGAGUGAUUCCUGAUUAGGCCAGUCCUCAGGAUUCAAAGAAAAGAGGUUGCUCCAUCCCAGUUCAGCAAAGCUGACUGCCUGCAUAGUCCAUGUCUCAUGGUUGUUCCUGGGAUAGCUCCUGUAGAUAACCUGGCAGUGUCUGUGCUGCCUGUGUAUUUCGCCUUUUUUCAAAUUGUCAAAAUGCCACCUUUCCUCUGCCCACCUACAGGGAGGUAAGAAGCCAAGAGAAACAAAACUUGAAAAUCAGUUAGUUUGGAAAGCCUCUGUGUGAGAGAGGCUGCUGCUCCAGAGAGUUUUCUAUACAGACCAUCAGAUUUAGAAGCAGCAUAUGUGAGAAGCUGAGAAAGUUCUUAUUUCGUCCCUUCCCCAAGACCCUAAAGACUGGAAAAUCCUCAAAGAUAGUGUAGGAUAUCAUUUUCGGCUAAGAAGAGCUCAGCUAUUAAGGAAGGCAGAAGAUGUAGUAGCAAAAGCUAGUCCUAGCCUAGCAGGUUGGUUUCUUUAGGAGAUGGGCAAUGGGAAAAGAGGAACUUUCCCAGUUCAACAUGGACAUGUUCAACAUGGACAACUAGGUCUCAGCCUGCAGACCUGCCCUUGUUGGAGCUCAGACUCUCCACUGCUGUGUGGCAUCCCCUGGCCCGCGGUGCCUUCCUCCCGUUCCCUGGAACAAAACAGCAUGAAGCAACAGGAUGGUGGACUUCGUUUUUUUCAUACAAUAUUUUUUUAUAACCUCGUUUAUAGUCCUUUGUAACAGAAGUUGUAAAAUCUAAGUGACCAAACAGGAUUGUGAAACUGUUGAGAGACUUACUGGAUUUUUAUCGUUGCUGGCUGUCUGGAACUGGCCUCAAAGUGAAAAAACCCAGUUUCUGAAAACCACUUGACUCUGUCAGUUAGGAUACUGAACCUUUUAUGUAGGAAACACUGGGUCCCUUAUGGGGCACUAAAGGGCCUGACUUACAGGGUUAUACACACAUUAACCCCAUGCUACAUCUUAGAAAUUUCCUUUUAAUUUGUUUUAAAAAAAAAAAAAGAAAAAAAUAGCUAAUUUUAGAGCCAAGUGAAGUGCACUUUGUCAAAUGUAAGGGUCUGCUUUGUUUUUGGGUUUCUUUUUUCUUUUUCCCUUUUUAAUUUUUCCUCCUUUUUUCCUCCUAUUGCCUUUUUAAAAUAUGUGGUUCUUUGUCAAUUGCAGAAAUGUUCUUUCAGCCACUCACUGAAAUUCUGAAUUCUGGCUUCUGCAGUUUUUAUUGUCUGUGUCAGACUUGCAGCCAGACUUGGUUCUCAUUUCAGCAUUUCCCAGGUUCUGUUGAAACAACAUCAACCCUUAUUUUGUUUCUCCCCCACCCACACUUUCUUCAAAUUCACCUUGUGUAUUGUAGCUCAUUUGUUUUAAGGAGAGAAUCAACAGAUCAUAUUCAGUGUCUUGAAUAAAUUGCUAUAUUUUGAUAUUAGAGAA